AUGGAUAACGUAGAGAAGCUGUCAGAGUUGUCAAACUGUGCGGACUCUGUACAUACGCACCCUGUGAAUGCCUAUCAGCAUUUUGUCAACGCUUUUGUAUAUAUCAAUAACAGUUACGGCAGGCAAGAUGCUGUGAGGAAGGCGCAGAAGGUUUGGAGGGUUGGGAGUGAUGAGAAGAAGGAUUACAUUUUGAAAGAAGCUUUUCGGAAGAUAAAGAUGACGACGAAGAGAAAAAUUACGUCGUACAAAUUAGAUAUCUAUUUCGGUUGUAAUCUACAUAGUAAAUUUCUGAUUAUUCACUUAUCUGUAAAGUGUCUACCACAACACAUUGCUCAAAAAACGCCAGUGUUGUCGUUUCCUGUCAAUAUCGAUAAUGCAUCUAGUUCGUCAACUGUCUACACAGUUUUGGCACAUAACCCUAUGACAGAACUCCCAGUUGUUCUCGCUGUCGCCAGCAAGAUGAACUGGACGUCAGCUGUGUUUGUUGGCGACAUGCAAGAUGAUGUGUUCUUGGAACGUCUAUUACGACGUAGGAGAUCAUUUGACAUGUGGAACGUUAUCUCGGUGGAAGCUGGGACAAAUGCAACAAAUUUGUUCUUGGAGAUUGUUGGGAAAGACACAGUUAUUGAUUUUGUUCUAUUUCAUUGCCACAGCUGCGCUUGCGCUGAUUUUGUGAGCAAGCUGUUUUGUCUAAAAUCAGAAAGUUUCGGGAACGAACCUCGGGUGCCUUGGCUUCUUACCGAGACUCUAACACAACGAAUUCAAAGUGGAGCUAACUGUGAACUGUUGGCAAUUCAUGGGACAACAUACGGUCUACAAGUUGCUGUGCAACACAGUUUUUCUUCUGACUUUCUUCUUCAAGAAGUUCCAUCCCUACGCUUGUCUUUGCCAUACUGUAAAUGUAUCGAAAGCUGUCCUUCUACAACUCACCAACAGCUUCAAGUACUUGACCUGUUUGACUCACUUAUUGUUGCAAGACACCUACUAAUAUCUCAUUAUCAUGACAAAUUGAGGAGUCAAGAAUCUCUUGGUCAUGCCAUCAACAAGGCACAGCUUCAAGGCAUUCGCGGAACAAUUAUUUUUGAUUCUACAUCAACUGUCAUCUAUCCCGCAAUCUACAAAGUUUUGGACAUAAGCCAAUUUCUAGUUGCCACGGUUGGGAUGUACGACAGCAUCAGCUCUAAGUGGCUACAUGACCUGACGCCGUUUGACAUCGGAAAAAAUACGUUCAGAUUGAGACGCCACCGACGAGCGCCGCGCAAAUGCCCUCCUGCUGGACGUAUAUUUCGAGUAACAACUAUCGAGGAAGCUCCUUUUGUCAUAUGGGAUCCCGACAAAAAAUUCCCUGGUCCUCACUAUGGCAACUAUACAGGCAUUAUCAUUGACAUAUUGGAGUGGCUUGUAGACGACUUGGGUAUUGAGUACACGAUCUACCAACCAUCUGAUGGCAAGUACGGUACCGUAAGCAGUGAAAGUGGCGUUGGCAACGGAAUGGUGGGCGAGAUAAUGGAAUGCAAAGCUGAUUUGGCAGCGGCAGCAUUUGCGAUAACAGUGCAGCGAUCUGAACACAUACAUUUUACUAAGCCUUACAUGGACGUAGGAUAUAUAUUUUUAAAGCACAAGAACGAAAAACUGAGCGCAAGCGUUUGGGCUUUUCUCAAACCGUUCGAUCUAUCUACAAAUAUUGUAAUAGCUUGUAGUUUUUUUUUCAUCUGGUUAUGCUUUUUGAUUGUGCAAAAAAUUAGCCCAUAUGCCAAAUCUAAUGAUUGUGAAGUCAACAUAAAUGGUGACGGAUCAGCUCUUCGUGCAGCUGAAGAGUCAAUGUGGCUUCUGUAUGCUUCUGCAAUGCAACAAGGUCCGGAGACUGUAUCUUCAUUAUCAGGCAAAAUUUUGGUGGCGGGAUGGUUCUUCUUCUGUCUUGUAAUAAUAUCAACUUACACUGCCAAUUUAGCCGCAUUUCUUACCGUUAGAAGUUUCAAAGAAGGCAUCAGCUCGCUGGACGAUUUAGCGGAGCAAACGGAAAUUGUUUACGGAACGGUUAAAGACACAUCAGUAACAGAAUUUUUUGACAGAUCUCCAAUUACUGUUCACCAGAAAAUGAACAAGUUUAUGACGAAUACAGAAGGGGCAUUGGUUGAGGAGGUAGAUGAAGCAAUUGGUCGAGUAAGGAACAAAACCAACGGCGAAUACAUUUUUAUAUGGGAUCAACCGAUUCUGGAAUACAUUGGCACUCUCAAGCCGUGCAACGUCGAGGUAUUUGGAAGGCCUUUUCAUCCUCACGGAUACGGUCUGGCUAUGCCUCAGGGCAUGCCGUACGAGUCCAAUUUCUCACUGUCCAUUCUGAAAAUGAGGGAGAAAGGACAUAUGGAUAUGUUCUUAGAAAAGUGGUUUCUGGACGUCGAAUGCUCGACUUCAAUCGAUGUAACGGAUUUGACGGACGUCGACAACGUUCAUUUGACCGACCUGAUAGGGGUCUUUAUCAUUCUAUCCGUUACCACGUUGGCGUCGUUUGCUUUGGCGGUUUUUGAAAGAGUGUGGUGGAAACGAACGAAAGAGCGUAAAAAGGUAAUUGUAAAUAAGGCUAACGACGAUGCUGCCGCUUGUUCUGUUACGAAGUUCAAUUGUGAGUCGUCUGUUUAGCUAAUCAGGUCAAUAGACAUCAUUAUGACUCUGAUACUUAUUUUUAUCGCAUUAUUUAGAGAAAACAUGGUUGCGUUUCUAAAAUCUAAUAAAGUUUUCUUCACUG